GGCGCUAUCGCCAUUUUGUGGAGUGUUUGUCGCAGAGGCAGGAGAGUCAAGAGGAGGGUUUGGCGACAUUCCUCGCUCAAAGAACCUUUUGCUUUUGCAGAGAUGCGGCAUUCUAAACGUACUCAUUGCCCUGAUUGGGAUAGCAGAGAAAGCUGGGAUCAUGAAAGCUAUAGUGGAAGUCACAAACGGAAGAGGUCUCACAGUAGUACACAAGAGAACAAGCAUUGUAAACCACAUCCUGAGUUUAAAGAAUCUGAUGGUCAUUAUUUAGAAGCAAGGUCCUUGAAUGAGAGAGAUUAUCGGGACCGGAGGUACAUUGAUGAAUACAGAAAUGAGUACUGUGAAGGCUAUGUUCCUAGACAUUAUCACAGAAACGCUGAAAACGAUUAUCGAAUCCACUGCAGUAAAUCUUCAGGCCGAAGCAGGAAAAGCAGUCCUAAAAGAAAGCGUAAUAAACACUGUUCAAGUCAUCAGUCACAUUCGAAGAGCCAUCGAAGGAAAAGACCCAGGAGUAUAGAGGAUGAUGAGGAGGGUCACCUGAUCUGUCAAAGUGGAGACGUUCUAAGAGCAAGAUAUGAAAUCGUGGAUACUUUGGGUGAAGGAGCUUUUGGCAAAGUUGUAGAGUGCAUUGAUCAUGGCAUGGAUGGCAUACAUGUAGCAGUGAAAAUUGUAAAAAAUGUAGGUCGAUAUCGUGAAGCAGCUCAUUCAGAAGUUCAAGUGUUGGAGCAUUUAAAUAGUACUGAUCCCAAUAGUGUCUUCCGAUGUGUCCAGAUGCUAGAAUGGUUUGAUCAUCAUGGUCAUGUUUGUAUUGUGUUUGAACUGCUGGGACUUAGUACUUAUGAUUUCAUUAAAGAAAACAGCUUUCUGCCAUUUCAAAUUGACCACAUCAGGCAGAUGGCAUAUCAGAUCUGCCAGUCAAUAAACUUUUUACAUCAUAAUAAAUUAACCCACACAGAUCUGAAGCCUGAAAAUAUUUUAUUUGUGAAGUCUGACUAUGUAGUAAAAUAUAAUUCUAAAAUGAAACGUGAUGAGCGCACACUGAAAAACACAGAUAUCAAAGUUGUUGAUUUUGGGAGUGCAACAUAUGAUGAUGAACAUCAUAGCACUUUGGUGUCUACACGGCAUUACAGAGCUCCGGAGGUCAUUUUGGCUUUAGGUUGGUCUCAGCCAUGUGACGUCUGGAGCAUAGGUUGCAUUCUUAUUGAAUAUUACCUUGGCUUCACAGUCUUUCAGACUCAUGAUAGUAAGGAGCAUUUGGCAAUGAUGGAACGAAUAUUAGGACCAAUACCAGCACACAUGAUUCAGAAAACAAGGAAACGCAAAUAUUUUCAUCAUGAUCAGCUGGAUUGGGAUGAACAUAGUUCUGCUGGUAGAUAUGUUAGGAGACGCUGCAAGCCAUUAAAGGAAUUUAUGCUUUGUGAUGAUGAAGAACAUGAGAAAUUAUUUGACCUGGUUCGAAGAAUGUUAGAAUAUGAUCCAACUGAAAGAAUUACUUUGGAUGAAGCUUUGCAGCAUCCUUUCUUUGACUUAUUAAAAAAGAAAUGAAAUAGGAAUAAGUGGUCUUACUGUAUACUUCUGUAGAAGAGAUUACUUAAGACUGUGUCAGUCAACUAAACAUUCUAAUAUUUUUGUAAACAUUAAAUUAUUUUGUAUAGUUAAGUGUAAAUACUGUAUGUUUUGUAUCAAUAGCAUACUUACCUUGUUAAACAAAUUUGGUCUUGGUACUGAAUGAAAUAUAUAUAAAGUUAAAAUUUUCCUUUUUGAGUUUAUCGUUUUUAAAGACCUUUGGAAUAUAUUUUGUGUCCAGUGAUAAAUGUGACUGAUCUUGCUUUUUAUAUAUGAAGGUUGGCUCUUUAAUGUAAUUUUUUUUUUUUUGAGUAAAAGGAAAUCUUGACAACUUU